AACCCAACAAAAUUUGAUAAAACUCAAAAAAAAAAAAAAAAAAAAAAAAAAAAAACAAAAAAACCUCAAAGAAAAUAGAGAAGAAAAAAAAGUUUCCAUUUUCUGUCAACCUGUGAGGCAACGACGGCGUGAAGGCUUCAGAAUGGCUCUUUCGCCGGACUGUCGCCGGAUGUAGUCCAAAAAGCAUUGUUGAAUCCGGACCACCACCUCUUGUAUGGAUUCCUGUCAAAUUUCUUCCAAUCCGAACUCCGGUCGGGGCUUAGCAAGCCUUUAGGGUUCGUCGGAGUUCCGAUCCUAUCCGAGCUCACUCUGAUCGAUACUCUUUGUGGAAUAAAGAAACUGGCGUUUAUUCUUGUCUCCGCCCCUUUCGCUUUUAACACGAGGAUGCCCGUGUUCUGUAAAUUCUGAACAGGAGAUUAAGAUGACUCAACCAUCAGUGAUACUUGCAACUGCUAGCUAUGAUCAUACUAUUAGGUUUUGGGAGGCCAAAAGUGGUCGCUGUUACCGGACUAUACAAUACCCUGAUUCUCAAGUUAAUAGACUGGAGAUAACCCCAGACAAAAGAUAUUUGGCUGCUGCUGGUAAUCCUCAUAUACGGUUGUUUGAUAUCAAUUCAAACAGCCCUCAACCAAUAAUGAGUUAUGAUUCACAUACAAAUAAUGUAAUGUCAGUGGGGUUUCAAUGUGAUGGGAACUGGAUGUAUUCAGGUUCCGAGGAUGGCACGGUAAAAAUAUGGGAUUUGAGGGCUCCUGGUUGUCAGAGGGAGUAUGAAAGUCGUGCUGCAGUUAACACUGUUGUUCUACAUCCUAAUCAGACUGAACUGAUAUCUGGAGAUCAAAAUGGUAAUAUCCGUGUGUGGGAUUUGACUGCAAAUUCAUGCAGCUGCGAAUUGGUGCCAGAAGUGGAUACAGCUGUAAGAUCUUUGACGGUUAUGUGGGAUGGGAGCUUGGUAGUUGCAGCAAAUAAUCAUGGCACAUGUUAUGUCUGGCGCUUGUUACGUGGCACUCAGACGAUGACAAACUUUGAGCCACUUCAUAAACUUCAAGCACACAAGGGAUACAUUCUCAAGUGUCUUCUUUCACCUGAAUUCUGUGAACCCCACCGAUACCUUGCCACUGCAUCUUCUGACAGCACUGUCAAAAUCUGGAACGUGGAUGGUUUCACGUUAGAAAAGACACUUAUAGGACACCAACGGUGGGUGUGGGACUGCGUCUUCUCAGUAGAUGGUGCAUAUCUUAUAACAGCUUCUUCCGAUACUACCGCAAGACUCUGGUCCAUGUCAACUGGCAAAGAGAUGAAGGUUUAUCAAGGUCAUCACAAAGCAACUAUUUGUUGUGCCCUCCACGAUGGAGCGGAGCCAUCGUCGUGUUGAAACUGGAGUAGUAUUCAUAGUUGUGCGGUAUGCAGCCACUUUCUUUUCCGUCAUUUGUAAAUCAUAAAGAUAUUUGGUUGAGGCAAGGAAGUAAUAUAUAUUUAUAAAUCAAGCAAUACAUUCUUAGGCAGUGAAGCUAAAUAAUUUGUCAAUUUUCUCCAACUGUAUCUGAUUAUGAGCAUUGAUCAGAAUCAUCCUGCCUAAUCAUGUUAUUGUGCUUCAAAGUGAGUGGAAUUCAGUUUUUGUUUA